AUGCUUAAAACAACCAUCGAUUCCCCGCAACAUAAAAGAAUACUUUGGAUGAGGAACAGGAAUAAUAAUUCGCCAUUAUCCACUAUUCAUCGAACGGAUAAACCGAGCAAAGAUGUUAUCAUUAUUAAAAAAGCCAAGGAGAUACAUUUAGAAUUAAUCAAGUGUGCUAGGAAUAUAAACGAUGCGUACGCCUUACACAUUUUAUUCUCUAUAUCACUAGUUUUUGUUUUAAUCACUAUUACAGCUUACCAUGUGUAUUAUUAUUUAUUAACUAAUUCGUACCGUACGCAACCUCUAAAUUCCCUUACUUAUUUAUUUUGGUUUUUUUACUUCGGGAUCAAGAUCAUCAUUGUAAGUCACAUAUGUGCAGAAACUGUAACGGAGCAUAAUACUUCUUUACAUGCGACAAAUACCGGAGAUAUUCUAUGUGAAUUGUACGAACCAUCAGCCAGCAAUGAAUAUCGUGCCGAGAUCCGUGACUUUACUCUACAACUUAUCCAAAUUCCACUUUCAUUUACAAUAUAUGGCCUUGUUGAUCUGGAUUAUACAUUGAUUCGUACUGUCAUCGGUACCGUUACAAUAUAUCUUGUUAUUCUCAUUCAAGUUGGAAACGUACCACCAGAAUUUUCCACUACAAAUUCAACGUUAUCGACUAAUGAUUCGAAAGAAAUUUAAGAUCAAUGUUAUCUUCAUAUAAAUAUAGAAGCCUGCACAGUCGGAAAAUCGUAGUAAUCUUUAUAGCAUUUAAAUAGUGGCCAGAUUAUAUUUUCUUUGCAAGCUUGCACAUGCUGUAUAGUUUUAUUAUUAUUGCUAAAAUGAAUAUUAUGUGUGCUAUGUGUGGAGUUCAUCUGAAAAAAGCAAAGCAAACUUUCUAGAUAUAUAAUAAUUAAAUAGAUGGUAAU